UUGAGUUCGAUUUCCGGCCAUCCGCAUCCGAAACAUUGCGGUCUGCUACUUCGCUACACAACACAUGGCUACACGCUGCUUUCGCCGAUGAGCAAGAUGAGCAGCUCGUCCUUUCAAGCUGUGACGACCACUUUCCGCAAGGCGUUCGAUGUGACGCCGAAGAACAUAGCGAAAUGGUUUCCGACGCACAUGUACACAGGCAUGAAAGACAUGCAGCGCAAGCUCAAGUCGGUGGAUUGUAUCCUGGAACUUCAUGAUGCUCGGGUUCCUCUAAGCGGCCGGAACCCACACUUUCUGUCCAUGCUGGCGGCCAUCAAGCCACACGUGCUGCUCCUGAACAAGGCCGACCUCGCUGAUCCCGCCUACAAGGCUACCGCCACCCAGCAGCUGCGUGACCAGGGCACGCGAAACGUCCUCCACAUCCGUAGCACGGAGCCGUCUCGCAAGGUUGACAAGAUUGUGCCUUUGGUUGCAGACCUGAUUCAACAGUCGGAGCGCUACAACCGACAAGAGGUGUACGACUACAACAUUAUGGUGAUUGGCAUCCCCAACGUGGGCAAGUCGUCUCUCAUCAAUGCCCUCCGCAAAAUGCACCUGGGCAGGUCUGGUAAGGCCACACGUGUCGGUGCCACGGCUGGUGUCACAAUGAGUGUAUUGCAACGCAUCAAGAUCAGCGAGGACCCAUUGAUGUACUUGCUGGAUACGCCCGGCAUCCUGAGUCCUGCCACAAACGACCCCCAUACGGCGCUGCAAUUGGCACUGUGCGGCUGCAUGCUGGACCACGUGGUUGGCUACGUCCUAAUGGCUGACUACCUGCUCUUCUUCCUCAACCAGCAGCACAAUUACAGUUACGUCGACUACUUGGGGCUGGAUGGGCCGUGCGAUGACAUCAGACUAGUCCUUCUCAAGACAGCGAUCAACAUGCGUGUUGUCAACAAGGUUCGCACUUAUGAAGGCUGGAGCCUGCGUCCCAACCUGGAAACCGCGGCAGUCAACUUCAUCCAGGGCUUUCGGCGGGGCCUUCUGGGCAGGAUCACAUUCCUGCCGGAUUUAGGGAAUAGCAGCUGGCAUGCUGCAAAGCAGCCGAGCGCAGUGUAGCAGCCUAGCUAGGCGUGAACUCGAGGCCACCGUGCAUCGCAAGUUCUUUCUCGUGUGCACCGCAGUGUAUCACAGGACCCACAGCCCCUUCAAGCCGGUACAGGGGACACAAGAACUGCGCUCCAGAUUGCAGAGAUGAUGUUUAUCUGCACUGUCUGUUGCUACUGGUAGCAUGAGAAAAGAUAUGCUAGCUGUGCUUUUGAUGAAGAUAGCACUCUAAGAGUGAGGAGCGCGUCACUGUGCUCGUGACGGCUUAUGCUUAGUAGGAUGCCGUUAGAAGUGUGCAACUGUUUGUCAACUUUGCCGCUGCAAUCUUGGAAGAAUGCUUGUGCUCAACCCAAACGUGACUGGGGCUGCGUGUCAUCUCCCUAGUGAAGUGCUAUCUGGCGGGUGUCAGGCAAGCAAGCAGCUCCGAGAAGCCAGACUGCGUGCUGAAGUUUUUCACGAAGACGAUCACCAUGAACGUUUCAAAUAUAGAUGGUACCAGACGCU